UACUUUUUGUAAAAGUCAUUAAUCAUGACUAACUGUAUCAAUCAAAUCCAAAUACUAUUUUCAGAUUUUGUGAAGUUCGCCGUUAGUAUAAAUAUCGAGUGUGGUCGAUUCCAGGGUGCAAUGUCCUGACUUUCCGAUUCUGGUGGUUCCAAGCUCUUGUGUGCUUAUUGGAGACUGGAUAAUAAUUCAAUACAAGGUAUUUUCCCUUCAAGAGGAUGCAUUUUAGAAUAUGAACUCGAAACGAAUUCUCUCAAUAUUUCCAGUGGAUGCGAUUUCAAUUAUUUGAAUGGUACAUUCACACUAACAAGUAAAUCGAAACGAGUAUUAUCUCGCUACAAGAGGCCAAAGUGAGGGGCUGAUUAUUAAAUAGAAAUAAGUACUUCUUUCCAUAUUUGAUCGCAUAUUGGAGACUGCCUAUUGAAUAGAAUCUAUUUUUCUCCAUAAUUCAAGAGGAAGUAUUGGAACUAUUGCUAUUAAUUAAAAAGAGGCUAUGGCCAGACGGAUUCGCGCUAUUCUUAUCGGCGGUAUUCCUAAAUGCCUCCAAGGCAGUGAAGUAUGGACGUUUGUCGGGCUACUGCCCCUCUUCAUCCUCGCUAUCCCUGUCUUCCAGCUGGCGCUGCCACUCGCCUCGCACCAAGAUCGUCGCCGGAAAAACUGCCGUUUUGGGACGUAGGGAGCCGUCAGUACCACUGAAGCCGUGCCAACGCCCGAUCUUCCAGCCACGUCUGCCCCUCAUGGUACCCCUUAUGGUACCCCUUAUGAUCCCAGCCGUCCCCAGCACCACCCCCAGCACUAUCCGA